AUGAGCACAAAUGAUCACGAUACGUCCCGCAAACGCACCUCUGAUGCACUAGAUUUAAGGUUGAUGAAACGUAUACAUACCGACGAUGCAGAAUUUGUGGAAACAACUCUUUCAAACAUACGUUCUUAUCUUUUGUCAAAGGCUUCCAAACAACAUGCCAAAUUUAUGGCAAAAUACCUUAAAAUAGUAGAGUACGAUGAAGGAGACAUUCUGAUGGGAGUGAAGGUACCGGAAAUUCGUCUGUUGUCGAAGAGUUUGGGAUUUCUUCCUUUUUCGGUUCUAAGAAAUCUUGCAAAAUCAAGUUAUCACGAAGAGAGAUUACUAGCAGUCGUUAAUGUGACGGAAAAAUUUAAGAUUUCUCAAGAUCCUAUAGUGCAUGAAAGCAUAUUUAAGUUUUUUGUCGAGGAAAUGAGAGAGGGCAUCAACAAUUGGGACUUGGUAGAUUCAUCCGCAAGUCAAAUCGUAGGUGCAUAUUUAAGAGACAAACCCGACCUGAGGCGUCUAUGGCUUUUUGAUAAACUCGUAAAAUCGAGUCGAUUUUGGGACCGAAGAAUUGCUAUAGUUGCUACACAAAACUUCAUUGUUCACGGACAGUAUGAAGACACUCUUAAAUUGGCAGUCAUUCUGCUACACGACAAAGAAGAUUUGAUACAUAAAGCUACAGGUUGGACCCUGCGUGAGAUGGGAAAGAUGUCGAAGGAAACGCUUGUCAAGUUUCUGGAUCAACACGCGCAGAGUAUGCCAAGGAUAAUGUUGAGAUAUAGUAUCGAGAAAUUUUCAACACAAGAACGUAAAAUGUACAUGAAAAAUGGUAAUCGGUGA